AUGACGAAGGAGGAUUACGAACUGAAAGCAAAAGGGAACAAGGUUUCCCCGGAGCACACGAUAUCAAGCAAGGAGGAUAUUAAACAAGGCAGUGGAGAGACUGAAAUCGAUAAUACGGGUCUCCAGCGUCUAUUGCCGAAAUUUCUUCGCAUGCGAUAUGCGGAUCCGGACCUUGAGAACCUCUACGGUGCAUAUUAUCGGCGACAGAAACAGGGCGCUCUCUCUAUAGCAGCCGUCCUUUCCUUUUUCUGUGACAUUGCCCUCAUCGUCUCGUACGUCGUCAAAUAUCAAAGUCCAAGCAUCUUGGCCGUAAAAGCAAUCCUCGUUAUAGACUUUGUAGUGUUCUUUCUAUGCAAAAUCAAACCGAGGCUCCUGCCGGAUAAAGGCCACCUUGCGAUGUGUUUUGUAUUUUGGAUUUAUCUUCAAACAAAGCUGUUCGUAGAUAUUGGGAUACGGUACAGUUUAGGGAUUGCGGUGUCUCCGAAUCACGUUGUUGGCCUGCAAGCGUUGCUUCUCUACCUGGCUUUCAUAGUUUUGCCUGUCAGAAUAGCGAUCUGCGGACUUUUUAACCUGUUAGCCAUCCUGGGUUACCUACUUUUGACGGCCAUUUUGGCGGCGAUGCAGCCUUAUGGGAUAUUCUACAUAGGAAAUGAGGUUGCUGCUGAUAUACUGUUAUUCAUGUGUGCCAAUGUAUUAGGGACGAUCUCAUAUUUUCUUGCGGACAAGAACCAGCGCCGGGCGUUCCUGGAAGCCAAAGCUUCGCUCUCAGUCAAGGUUGCCAUCGAGGAGAAAUCUAAAGAACAGGAGCGCCUCCUAUUGUCUGUCCUUCCAAAGCACGUCGCAGACGAUAUGGUGCAAGAUAUGGGAAAUGAAAUUGGAGGGCAGUUCAGGAAAAUCUACAUGAGUCGACACGAGGAUGUUAGUAUUCUCUUUGCUGAUAUCGUGGGUUUUACCGCAAUGUCGUCUGCUGUCACAGCGCCCGAGUUAGUUUCCGUUUUGAACCAGCUUUUUGCCACCUUUGACCAACUUUCUCAGAAAUACCAUCAGCUUCGUAUAAAAAUCCUUGGGGAUUGUUACUACUGCAUCAGUGGCGCCCCCACACCCCGCCCUGAUCACGCGGUACUAGCCGUCCACAUGGGCCUUAGUGUGGUAGUCGCUAUUGCUCAAGUUCGAGAACGCACCAAGACCAACGUCAACAUGCGUGUAGGUAUCCACACCGGAGCUGUCCUGGGAGGCGUCAUUGGCCAGAAGCAGUGGCAGUUCGACGUGCUGGGAAAAGACGUCCAAAUGGCAAACAAAAUGGAGUCUGGCGGCGUUCCAGGACGGGUCCACAUCUCUCAGUCUACUGCAGACUUCCUGGAUGGUGAGUUUGAGCUUGAGCCGGGAGAGGGCGACACUAGAGAGGAGGCCAUAAAACAAGCUGGGAUCAAGACUUACCUCGUAGGCACGGUUCUCAAGCCGUAUCCCGAGGGCACUCUCGACGCUUCAAACGGAGCCGCAAAUGGUCACGUGGCUGAUGGAGUGACGUCAGACAACGAGCCGAAAACUACUGGCGACUCUGACGUAGAAAAGAACGAUGUGGACAGUAAUCAACAUAUAUAUGAAGCAUUGGUUGAAAGAGAUGAUUCGACGCACAUGUCCAAACGACUCAACCGCAUCACACUUUGGUUCAAGGACAAGGAAGUGGAGAAGGAAUACGGAAGUAACAGGGGCAAACACAGUGGCGUCACCCUGACCAGCACCUGCCUUAUACUGCUAGCGUGCUUCCUGUCUCAGCUUUGGGUACUCCCCAGAAACGUCAAUGCAUUCUUGACAUUUGCCGUGGUGUUUGUGUGUCUGGUGAUUAUGUCAUUGAUAAGUCUUGCAGCAGACAUUAAGAAGUUUCCGAACAUUUUGGUUCGCUUUGCUCACUGGAUUGAGGUAACCGUUUGGUUCCGGAUAUUCUGGGUUAGUCUUGCAGUCCUUAUUUUAGCUGCAGCCGAUAUUAUAGAUAUGCUUGGCUGUUCCACCACGGACAACUUCACGGCAAACGCCACUCAGCUCAACCCCAGCACAGCCUAUUGCCAGUAUCCCUCUUACUUCAUGGACUUCGGCAUCAUGGUUGUCAUGGGAACGACCUUGCUGACCCAGAUCAACUUCCUGGUCAAAAUUAUCCUGAUUAUAACCGUCUGCGCAGUUCAUUGCGUUAUGUAUCUGGUUGUGAUUCCGACAACUUUUGAUGAGGUAGACAGCUUUCUUGGCUCCUAUGGCGGUGUGUUGAUGCCAACAAAAUAUCUGAUGGUUGCAACAAUAGGAGCCGUUGCCUUGACAGCAGCGUUUCUUUCUCGCUCGGCGGAUCAAAUGUCCAGGAAGCUGUAUCUAUGGAAACAAGAGGCAGAAGAACAAAAAGAGAUGGUGACAGUCCUCCGCGAGAAAAACGAGACCCUAGUGUACAACAUUCUUCCUGCGCACGUGGCAGUCGAGUUUCUUGGAAAUAAGAGAAGCGACGGGGAACUAUAUAGUCAGGCGUAUGAACACACAGCUGUGAUAUUUGCAGCGUGCCCCAACUUCAACGACUUCUAUUCGGAGGACGCCGUUAAUAACAACGGGCUAGAGUGCUUUCGUUUCCUUAAUGAGAUUAUUUCAGAUUAUGAUGAGCUCUUGAACGAGCCACGUUUCUCAGAUAUUAUCAAGAUAAAGACUGUCGGUUCCACAUAUAUGGCGGCAAGUGGUAUAAAUCACGCAAAAUCUCACACGAAGGGGACUUCCGUCAAGGAGAUCUGGGGCCACCUGGCGGCGCUUGCUGACUUCGCGUUUGCAAUGAAGGAGGCGCUGGAUACCAUAAAUCAACAGUCCUUUAAUAACUUCAAACUUCGGAUAGGGAUACAUCACGGCCCCAUAGUCGCCGGUGUAAUAGGAGCGAAGAAGCCUCACUUUGAUAUCUGGGGAAACACUGUGAACGUGGCCAGUCGUAUGGACUCCACAGGACAAGUUGGUCGCAUUCAGGUGACAGAAGACACGAUGCUCAUCCUCAAGGAAUUUGGUUUCACGUUCCAAAAACGCGGCAUGGUGAAGGUGAAGGGGAAGGGCGAACUGCUCACCUUCUUCAUGGAGGGCAAACAGACUGAGAUGACAUCGCCUUUAGAUUCCGGAACGAUGAACGGGAAAGCUGAUGCUCUUCCACCAUUAUAA